AAAUUAGUCUCAGUCGAGUUCCAGUGAACGGAGGACAGUGCUGCCAUCUUAUUUCUGGUGAUCUAAGGGUUUUUCCUUUUUUUGACAGACUGACAGUUAACAGGCUGAUAACAUGGACCACUGCGGGCAUCAGAUAGAAGAACAGAAUCUGAGGCUAAAGCUGGGGAUGUCUUGACAGCUUCUUUCUAUGAAGGCCUUCGGAAGGCCUUUGGGUUGACCUGCUUAGACUCAGCACCUUUAAACAAAUUCCAGUAGAGGGCAUACUCUGACAACAUACAGACUUUUAAGAGGAGGUUUGACUUGCAAAGAGAAUACAGGAAGCACAGUGGUGAAAGGUCAUUUCUGCAUGCCAGCGCUGAACACCGAGGAUUUUAAACAUGCUGAAGAAACUAUUGGCCUGUUUGUCCCUCUUUGUCUUCAUCAGCCUUUUGUUUUAUGCUGUGGUUUUAUUCUACGGUAAAAACCUUAAUUUUUCAACUGCAGCUGUUCCUCGCAUUGUAUUGAACAGAAACCAAAAUUUCUCCUGGAAGAUUCAGGAUGAUUUACAGGUGACUGAAAUCAGCCAUGAAAUCACAGUGGUGCCAGUCAUCUCAAACAGGACUUUGGAGCCUUGCCCUGAAACCCCACCAAAUCUUGUGGGUCCUCUCCUUGUGGAGUUUAAUACAAAACGGACAUUAGAGGAGGUUACACAGCAGGUUGGUUCUUCACUUCAGCCAGGAGGACGCUAUAAGCCAACUGACUGCAUCUCCCAACACAAGGUAGCGAUCAUCAUCCCAUUCAGAAAUCGACACGAGCACCUCAAUCAUUUGCUCUACUACAUUCAUCCUAUCCUGAUCCGCCAGCAGUUGGAUUAUGGCGUGUAUGUCAUCAACCAGGAAGGGGAAGGAGUGUUCAACAGAGCUAAGCUGAUGAAUGUUGGCUUCCUUGAAGCUCAGAAGGAAUAUGACUAUGAGUGCUUCGUCUUUUCUGACGUUGACCUUGUGCCCCUCGAUGACCGUAAUCUCUACAGGUGUUUUGAUAAUCCAAGACAUUUGGCUGUUGCUAUGGACAAGUUUAACUUCCAUCUACCCUAUACUACCUACUUCGGUGGGGUCUCCUCGCUGUCCAAGCAACAGUUCUUGAAAAUUAAUGGCUGUCCAAACACUUACUGGGGAUGGGGUGGAGAGGACGACGAUAUUUACAGGCGGGUCGUCUACCGUGGGAUGUCCAUUUCUCGACCGGAUGGUGUGACUGGGAAGUACAAGAUGGUCAGGCAUCAAAGAGACAAACAUAACGAACCUAAUCCAAAGAAUCCUGACAAACUUGCUAAAACUAAACAGACUAUGGAUAAAGACGGACUAAAUUCCCUUAGCUACACAGUUAAGGAGAUCUUAAAAAGACAAUUGUUUACUUUUAUUACUGUGGAUAUUCAAGCGCCUGCAAGUUAAUGACAAGACAAGUGGAGAAGCAUAGGGGGAGCUGUAAUAUUGAAGUAUUUGUAAAGCUAUUGUAUUUUAAAUAGCCUUGAUUGGUGAAUGGGGUAGAAUAUAUAAAAAUGUGUAUGCAUAAAUGUGUCCAGGGAUGCUAUAAAAUGAAUGUGUCACAAUUAUUGUGCAAAUUUUGACAUCACUUAGAUUAUUAUUUUUUUAUAUAUAUAUAUAUAUAUAUAUACAGUCUAUAAGAAAAAGCUAGACAUGAAAGCUCAUAAAAAAGUAAACAUUUGAUCGUUUUCAUCUCUGUGAGAAUUGAAGUUAAGCUUAGAUAUCUGUGUGAUGUGUGUAACUGAAGCACUUUAUCUAACAAAGAUAUCAGCAUCAGAAUUUGUUUCUUUUGUUUAGUAGAAGUCUGUUGGGAUUUUUUCUUGUGUGUUUUUAGUUUGUCUCUUUACAGUCCUUAUUUUUAUUUAUAGGUCUUGAUUUGAGUUACAAAAUAUAAGUUCAUAAUAAUUAACCAAAGCUUUUUCUUUUGGUGUUGCCUUAUUUUUAGUUUGCUUAUUGAGAAUUAAAUAAAGUGCAGAGAUGGGUGCCUUAGUUAGAGCUAUUGCCUAGAGCAAGUUGGAUAAUUCUUUGGAAAUUCCCUUGUUAUUCAAUAUAUAUUAGGACAAUAUGACUUGAAUUAGAAAUGCUCAUUCUCUGUUACAAGCAGCAUGACCACAAAAAAAAAAGGCUGUGCUGAUGGAAUCGACUGUAAAUCUACAGAUUACUAUGUAAUCUUAAAGGAUUAAAUUUGACUUUUUUAGGUGAUUGGUUCCUAUAAGAUGUAAUAUUACCAGGAGAUUGUUAUAAAGAUGUCAAAAGUGGUGGAAGAGAGCAAUUUUGUCAGCCAAAAAAAUAUAUUAAUGUAUUUUAACUGAUUUGGUGAAUAAACUGAUUGGGAGUCUACUCAUUUAAAAAUAUGAAAGCUGUAAAGUUGAUCAUAGUGGUAAAGGAUCGUUCUACUAUAGGCAUAGAUCUAUUAACGAGAAGUUAAUUUAAUAGUAGUUUUCCCCUUUAUAAAACAAUAAAUACUGUAGUUUAAAUCAGAAGCAGCUAGCAUAGAACACCUACCUUUGGGAUUUUACUGUGGAAUUUUUCCCUUCUGUUUUUUUGUGGUAUUUAAAAGCAAUCAGUACAACUGCUGGAAACACCUAUGGCCCAAUAGGAAUUUUAAGUGACAGGGCAGGAAAAACUAGUAAAACACCUCCAUCAUCUAACAAAAAUGACUGCAGAGGAAAAAUACCUAAUAUAAGUUUGCUUAAACCACCUAGCACAAGAA